AUGAGUUCGGGAUUUAGCGCCAGCAAUUUUUUGCGCUUGGCGACUGACACUGUCCGGCAUGACAUGCGGACAAUGCUGCACUGGGACCCAGUGUACAACAGGGUGCACUGCGCCAUGCGGGAUGCCUUCUUCCUCGUCAUCGACACCCCCAAAUUCUUCACGUACACGCACAGUUCGUAUGGGGCAAUGCGGCGGUACAUUCGUCAGGCCCGUAUUAACAAGGGUAAGGUGAAUCCAGAGGACUUCCGCGACGUAGACACCAAUGUCUUGCGGGAGUCGCUUAUCCGCUACGCUCAGUGGAAAGGACCAUUGCAGAAGAUUGAUUUUCGCUGGUUCUACUGGAUGUAUGCGCUUAUGAUUGCGUAUGUCUUGUGGCAGGGGCUUGUGCUUCAGAAAAUGCUGGACGAGAGGGUCGAGCGCUCUGGCAUGUCGUUGGAUGAACGUCGCCGAAUGUUUGACGAUGAGUACGAAGAGGAUGUGCGACCCCGCUAA